AUGGAGUCAUUCAUCGUGGGGCACUUGUAUCUUUGUCUAGCAACCCCCCCCCCUCACGGCUCGCUGGACUCUAUUCUCUUCAUAGCUCUUUGUUCUCGUGAAAACAGCAGCUCUCCACCUUACUCGAUCCCGGGCAACAGCAUCCCUUGGCUUUACUGUCUUGCUUGUGGUAAAAUCUAUCUAUCUAUCUAUCUAUCUAUCUAUCUAUCUAUCUAUCACAUUGUUCAUAUCUAUCUAUCUAUCUAUCUAUCUAUCUAUCUAUCUAUCUAUCUAUCACAUUGUUUCUAUCUAUCUAUCACAUUGUUUCUAUCUAUCUAUCUGUUCAUAUCUAUCUAUCUAUCUAUCUAUCUAUCUAUCUAUGACAUUGUUCAUAUCUAUCUAUCUAUCUAUCUAUCUAUCUAUCUAUCACACUCAGAAACUCCUUGGUGCCAUAUUCCACAAAUGGUACUCUCGAACCCAAGGUACCCUGGCAACAAAACCUCUCAUUCAACGACGACAUUCUCAGUUGCUCUUACGGUAUGUCUCAUAUUUUUGAUAAUUAUGCACCAAGCCAAUAUUAAGCGAUAUUAUGUGAACGAAGACUUCAGUGGUGAAUUCAUGGAGAAAAAGGUGUUCAUUAUCGCAAAUAAACACCUAAAUUUAAAAAAUGAUACAUAA